ACACCACCAGCACGCAGCACACAAACUGGCAGCCACCGAUUUUUUUUUAAGUUUUCUCUAGGACUAGCCAGCAGCAGUGACUGCAAUUUACUACUUCUUCCAUCCCAAAAUAAAUGCAGCCAUAAAUUUUCCGUGCCAACUUUGAUCAUCCGUUUUAUUUAAAAUUUUUUUACUACUAGUGUUUUUAUUGUUAUUAGAUUAUAAAACAUGAAUAUAGUUUAUACAUGACUUAUGUUUUUUAUUUUUUUUAAAACAAUUAAAUAAAACAGACGAUCAAAAUUGAAGAAAGAAACUCAUGGCACCCGAGACAUUGAUUGAAUUUUAAUUAAUCUUUUCUCUGCAAACCAAAUAAUUUAUGGAAUACUGAAAACGUGCUGUAAAUUUUUAAUUGAAAAGCAUAUACUUUUCUUUGCAAACAAAAAGUAUAAAAAAAAGAGAGAAAGAAAUUAGCCAUUUUCUUGCUCCUCUCCUCUGGGGGUUGGUUGCAACUUGCAGAGCCCCUGAGAUUGUGCGGUUGGGUUUAUAUAAGCACGCUGCCUUCGCCAUCUCCAUUUCCACAAACACCUUGCAGUUGCAGAGGAGGAGUUCACUUCCACAAUGCGGCGCCUCCUGCUCCUCCCGCUCCUGGUGCUCGCCGGGGCGGCGGUCGGCGGGGGCGUCGUCCCCGUCGCGGCGCGGUCGGCGUUCGCGUGCGCGGCGGGCGGGCCGGCGGCGACGCUGCCGUUCUGCAGGCGGUCGCUGCCGGCGCGGGCGCGGGCGCGCGACCUGGUGGCGCGGCUGACGCGCGCCGAGAAGGUGCGGCUGCUGGUGAACAACGCCGCCGGCGUGCCGCGGCUGGGCGUCGCCGGGUACGAGUGGUGGUCGGAGGCGCUCCACGGCGUGUCCGACACGGGGCCCGGGGUGAGGUUCGGCGGCGCGUUCCCCGGCGCCACCGCGUUCCCGCAGGUCAUCGGCACCGCCGCGUCGUUCAACGCCACCCUCUGGGAGCUCAUCGGGCAGGCGGUGUCCGACGAGGGUCGCGCGAUGUACAACGGCGGUCAGGCGGGGCUGACGUUCUGGAGCCCCAACGUGAACAUCUUCCGCGACCCGCGGUGGGGCCGCGGCCAGGAGACCCCCGGCGAGGACCCCGCCGUCGCCGCCCGCUACGCCGCCGCCUACGUCCGCGGCCUCCAGCAGCAGCAACCCUCCUCCGGCCGCCUCAAGCUCGCCGCCUGCUGCAAGCACUUCACCGCCUACGACCUCGACAACUGGUCCGGCACCGACCGCUUCCACUUCAACGCCGUCGUGACGCGCCAGGACCUCGAGGACACCUUCAAUGUCCCCUUCCGCUCCUGCGUCGUCGACGGCCGCGCCGCCAGCGUCAUGUGCUCCUACAACCAGGUCAACGGCGUGCCCACCUGCGCCGACGCGGCGUUCCUCCGGGGAACCAUCCGCCGCCGGUGGGGGCUCGCAGGCUACAUCGUCUCCGACUGCGAUUCGGUUGAUGUGUUCUACAGCGACCAGCACUACACGCGGACCAGGGAGGACGCCGUCGCGGCGACGCUCCGGGCGGGGCUCGACCUCGACUGCGGCCCGUUCUUGGCGCAGUACACCGAGGGCGCCGUCGCGCAGGGGAAGGUCGGCGAUGGCGACAUUGAUGCCGCGGUGACGAACACCGUCACGGUGCAGAUGCGGCUCGGGAUGUUCGACGGCGACCCGGCGGCGCAGCCGUUCGGGCACCUGGGCCCGCAGCACGUGUGCACGGCGGCGCACCAGGAGCUCGCGGUGGAGGCGGCGCGGCAGGGGAUCGUCCUCCUCAAGAACGACGGGCGGGCGCUGCCGCUGUCGCCGGCGACGGCGCGCCGCGCCGUCGCCGUCGUGGGCCCGCACGCCGAGGCAACGGUGGCGAUGAUCGGGAACUACGCCGGGAAGCCGUGCAGGUACACAACGCCGCUGCAGGGCGUCGCCCGGUACGCCGCGCGGGCCGCGCACCAGCCGGGAUGCACCGACGUGGCGUGCGCGGGAAGCGGCCAGCCGAUCGCGGCGGCCGUCGACGCCGCUCGCCGCGCCGACGCGACCAUCGUCGUCGCCGGCCUCGACCAGAAGAUCGAGGCCGAGGGGCUGGACCGCGCGAGCCUCCUCCUCCCUGGCCGGCAAGCGGAGCUCAUCUCGUCGGUGGCGAAGGCGUCGAAAGGGCCGGUGAUCCUGGUGCUCAUGUCCGGUGGCCCCAUCGACAUUGGGUUCGCGCAGAACGACCCGAAGAUCGCCGGAAUCCUGUGGGCUGGGUACCCCGGCCAGGCCGGCGGGCAGGCCAUUGCUGACGUCAUCUUCGGCCACCACAACCCAGGAGGGAAGCUGCCGGUGACAUGGUACCCGCAAGAUUACCUGCAGAAGGUGCCGAUGACGAACAUGGCGAUGCGCGCCAAUCCGGCCAAGGGCUACCCCGGCCGGACCUACCGCUUCUACACCGGCCCGACCAUCCACCCCUUCGGCCAUGGCCUCAGCUACACCUCCUUCACCCACUCCAUCGCCCACGCGCCGUCGCAGCUCACCGUCCGCCUCUCCGCCCACCACGCCGCCGCCUCCGCCUCCGCCUCGCUCAACGCCACGGCUCGCCUCAGCCGCGCCGCCGCCGUGCGCGUCGCGCACGCGCGGUGCGAGGAGCUGAGGAUGCCGGUGCACGUCGACGUCAGGAACGUGGGAGAACGCGACGGCGCGCACACGGUGCUCGUGUACGCCGCGGCGCCGGCGUCGUCCGCGGCGGAGGCGGCGGCGGGCCACGGCGCGCCGGUGCGGCAGCUGGUGGCGUUCGAGAAGGUGCACGUGGGCGCCGGCGGGACGGCGAGGGUGGAGAUGGGCAUCGACGUGUGCGACGGGCUCAGCGUCGCCGACCGGAACGGGGUCCGAAGGAUCCCCGUCGGCGAGCACCGCCUCAUCAUCGGCGAGCUCACGCACACCGUCACCAUCGCCCUCGAGCAGCUAGGGGUAUAGAAAGAAAGCCACUCUCAUCAAUUAAAAGCAUAGGAUUAUUCAACAAGAUUUGGAAUUGUAUCUUUUGGGUGUUGAUGAUGAUUUGUGGAUUGUUAUUGUUGGUGCCACUGCCACUGUCUCUACAAAGGUAGAGAGAGCAAUUGGAAAGGCAUCACAUUGCUAUUGGAAAUUUGGAAUUGAUCAAGUAUUCAGGUUCAAACAAUUGAACUGAAGAAAUACAUAAGAUCAUUCAUUACUUGUUCUUCUUCUGUUGUCCAAAAUACACUCCAUUUUUACAGUUGAUUUUGGCAGAUGGACUACCUGCAUUGUAAGUACUGUGAUCUGUAAUGUUAUCCAAAGUACUGCAGGUCUGACCUCAUGUUCUACUGCGAACAGGGUCAGUUCUUUUGCUAGUGCUGUUCACUGUUUA